UAUUUUAUUAUUACACUACUUGCAACAACCGUCACAUUGUCGUUUUUUCGGACGCUUUAGAGAUGGACGACGAUCGAAAAAUGAGUAUAAGUCAGAGUUUAGGGCGGAGCAUAAGCCGCGGUAUUAGCCAAGCCGCCGGGAGCUGGCGGAUGGACGAUGUGUUUGCUCCCGGCGGCGGUGGCAGCCACGACGGCCGUAGCAGCCGUCACUCGAUGGAAGACGAGGAGGCGCUACGGUGGGCUGCCUUGGAAAAACUACCUACGUAUAAUCGGUUACGUACGACCAUAUUUAAGUCUUAUGUUCCCGCGGAUCAACAGCAGGUUCCUACUGAACAAAUGUUGUUAGAUGUGCGAGAACUUGACCCGCAGGCUCGACAGGGCUUUAUUGAUCAGAUUUUUAAAGUUGCUGAAGAAGAUAAUGAGAUUUUUUUGAGGAAGUUUAGAGAUCGUGUUGACAAGGUUGGAAUCUCCCUUCCAACAGUAGAAGUUCGGUUUCAAAAUUUGUCGGUAGAAGCGGAUUGCCAUGUCGGAGAUAGAGCGCUUCCAACGCUGCCUAACACCGCCCGAAAUAUCAUUGAGUCUCUCCUGUCAUCCAUCGGCAUCAGUUUCUCCGAGAAAGCUAAACUUCGCAUUCUUAAAAAUAUAUCUGGAAUUAUCAAACCAGCAAGGAUGGCACUUUUGUUGGGGCCACCAUCUUCUGGUAAGACAACGCUUCUGUUGGCUUUGGCGGGAAGAUUGGAUCCGAGCUUAAGAGUUGAAGGGGAGAUAAGUUACAACGGUCAUAAACUCAACGAGUUUGAGCCUCGAAGGACAGCGGCUUACAUCAGUCAGAACGAUAUUCAUGCUGGAGAAAUGACUGUUAAGGAGACCCUUGAUUUCUCGGCAAGAUGCCAAGGCGUUGGAUCUCGUUUAGAAAUGUUAACCGAGCUUGCGAGAAGAGAAAAAGAAGCAGGGAUUAUUCCAGAAGCCGAAGUUGAUCUUUUCAUGAAGGCGACCGCCAUUGAAGGAGAUGAAAGCAGUUUGAUUACUUACUACACUCUAAGAAUAUUGGGUCUUGAUGUCUGCCGCGACACAUUCGUUGGAGACCAAAUGCGAAGAGGUAUCUCCGGGGGGCAAAAGAAACGUGUAACCACCGGAGAAAUGCUUGUUGGGCCCGCGAAAACUCUGUUUAUGGAUGAAAUAUCCACGGGUCUAGACAGUUCAACGACGUUUCAGAUAGUGAAAUGUAUGCAACAAGUCGCACACCUCAUGGAUUCCACAAUCUUCAUGUCCCUACUACAACCCGCCCCCGAGACCUUCGAUCUUUUCGAUGACAUUAUUUUACUAUCCGAGGGCCAGAUCGUGUAUCAGGGCCCACGAGAACACAUUGUCGAGUUCUUCGAGAGUUGUGGGUUUAAAUGCCCCGAAAGAAAGGGUACCGCUGAUUUUUUGCAAGAGGUGACGUCUAAAAAGGAUCAAGAGCAAUAUUGGGCAGAUAGAAACAAAGCAUAUAGAUACAUCCCAGUGAGUGAGUUCGUUGAACGGUUCAAAAGUUUCCACGUUGGGGAGAAGCUGCGACAGGAGUUAUCAGUCCUGUACGACAAAAACAACAGCCACAAAGCGGCUUUAGUGUAUAAGAAAUUCAUGGUACCCAAAAUGGAACUCCUUAAGGCCUCAUGGGACAAAGAAGUGCUACUAAUGAAAAGAAACGCUCCGGUGUUUGUUUUCAAAACGAUACAAAUCGUGUUUAUAUCGUUUAUUUGCACAACUUUGUAUCUUAGGACCACAAUGCACCACAGGAACGAAAUAGACGGGUCCCUUUACGUCGGUGAACUUUUGAACAGUAUGCUUAUUAACAUGUUUAACGGGCUUGCUGACUUGUCGCUCAUUGUGAUGAGGCUUCCCGUUGUUUACAAACAACGGGACCUCAUGUUUCACCCUCCAUGGGCUUUCACACUUCCGGCUUUCUUGCUACGUAUUCCGAUAUCCAUGAUAGAGAGCCUCAUGUGGACCGUUAUUCUCUACUGGGGCGUUGACCUUGCCCCCGACGCUGGCAGGUUCUUCAAGCAUCUCCUGCUGGUGUUUCUGAUACAGAACGUUGCAGCGGGGUUGUUUAGAUUGAUUGCGGGCGUUUGUAAAACGAUGAAUAUCGCAAACACGGGUGGAUCGGUUGUACUUCUGCUUAUAUUUUUGUUGGGUGGUUUUAUUCUACCGAAAAACUCGAUUCCAAACUGGUGGGAAUGGGCUUAUUGGGUAUCACCGUUGUCGUAUAUCUUCAAAUCCAUUACCAUCAACGAGUUCCUCGACCCUCGGUGGACCAGCCAACGAAGUUCCGAUAAUUCGACCAACUUAGGAUUCGCGGUGCUAAAGAACUUGGACAUCCCGACUACCGAAAGCUCGUACUGGAUCGGUGCCGGUGCUCUUCUUGGUUUUGUUUUUCUCUUUAACAUUCUUUUCACUGUGGCUCUCAUGUAUUUAGAAGCCCCUGGAAAACCGCAAGCAAUCAUCUCCAAGGAAGAAGCUGCAGCCAACGAGGGUCAUGCUACCGAAGGAGCCAGUUCAAAGGGACGUAAGGAAAUGCGCCAGAUUCGUUCAGCAAUUUCCGACGCUAAUGGUGCAUCCAAGAAAGGAAUGGUUCUUCCAUUUACUCCGCUCGCGAUGUCAUUCGACAACAUGAACUAUUUUGUUGACAUGCCUGGUGAAAUGCGAGAACAAGGAGUGACAGACACUAGGUUGCAAUUGCUUCGUGAUGUAACCGGUGCUUUUAGACCUGGAGUCUUGACCGCGUUGAUGGGAGUCAGUGGUGCGGGAAAGACUACUUUAAUGGACGUUUUAGCAGGACGAAAGACUGGCGGUUAUAUUGAAGGAGAUAUUAGAAUAUCCGGAUUCCCGAAAAAACAAGAAACGUUCGCUAGAAUUUCUGGAUAUUGUGAACAAACUGAUAUCCACUCGCCCACAAUCACAGUUCAUGAAUCUUUGAUCUACUCGGCCUUUCUUCGUCUCUCGAAAGAAGUUAGCAAGGAAGACAAAAUGUUAUUUGUGAGUGAAGUGAUGGAGCUAGUUGAACUAGACAAUAUCAAGGAUGCAAUAGUGGGACUUCCAGGAGUUACCGGUUUAUCAACAGAACAAAGAAAACGGUUAACAAUCGCAGUUGAGCUUGUUGCUAAUCCUUCGAUUAUUUUCAUGGAUGAACCAACUUCCGGGCUUGAUGCAAGAGCAGCAGCUAUUGUCAUGAGAGCUGUGAGAAACACUGUCGAUACAGGAAGAACCGUCGUUUGUACCAUUCAUCAACCUAGCAUUGAUAUCUUUGAAUCUUUUGAUGAGUUGUUACUAUUGAAAAGAGGAGGUCAAGUUAUCUAUUCCGGUCCACUUGGAAGACAUUCUCAACAAAUCAUCGAUUACUUUGAGGCGGUUAAUGGAGUUCCAAAGAUUCCCGAAAAAUACAAUCCGGCAACUUGGAUGUUGGAAGUUAGCUCUGGUUCUGCAGAGAUGCGGAUGGGCAUUGAUUUCGCGGAGCAUUUCAGCGCCUCGUCUUUGCAUCAGAGGAACAAGGCUUUGGUGAAGGAAUUAAGCGUACCUCCUCCGGGGGCCACUGAUCUUCACUUCGAAACACAAUAUGCUCAGUCUUCUUGGGGACAAUUCAAAUCUUGUUUAUGGAAGAUGUGGUGGAGUUACUGGCGAAAUCCUGAUUAUAACCUUGUUCGUUUCUGCUUCACGUUGCUUUGCGCGCUCAUGGUUGGGACUUUGUUUUGGAAAAUUGGCAACAAAAAGUCCAGCAGCAACGAUGUAAGCAUUGUGAUUGGAGCGAUGUACUCUGCAGUAUUUUUCGUCGGUAUUAAUAAUUCACAGACAGUGCAGCCCGUCGUAGCUACAGAAAGAACCGUAUUCUAUCGUGAAAGAGCAGCGGGGAUGUACUCUUCGUUACCAUACGCCAUGGCACAGGUGUUCGUGGAGAUACCGUAUGUAUUACUUCAAACGAUAUACUACACUGCAAUCGUAUACACCAUGGUUUCGUUUGAAUGGACCGCUGCUAAAUUCUUCUGGAUGUUCUUCAUCAACUUCUUUUCAUUUUUGUACUUCACAUACUACGGAAUGAUGACUGUUUCCAUCACACCAAAUGAGCAAGUAGCGGCUAUAUUCGCCGCUGGAUUUUACCUGCUGUUUAAUAUCUUUUCGGGAUUUUAUAUCCCACGCCCCAAAAUUCCUGGAUGGUGGAUUUGGUACUACUGGAUCUGCCCAAUGGCAUGGACUGUGUACGGGUGCAUUGUUUCGCAAUAUCAUGACGCAAAUCAUGAAAUUAUUGUGCCUGGGAUGCCAUAUAACCCAACCAUGACGGCUUACAUCAAAGACUAUUAUGGUUUUGAAUUGGAUUUCAUGGGUCCGGUUGCUGCGGUUCUUGUUGGUUUUUGUGUGUUCUUUGCCUUACUUUACGCGACCUUCCUUAGGACUCUGAACUUCCAAAUGAGAUAGAAUGAAUGUGUAAUGUUUGUUUAUAUAGUUUUUGAUACUUUGAAGAAAAGCUUUGUUUGUUUGUUUAUUUUUGUGUUCCCCGUAAAA